AUGAGCCCUGACCACAAGGAAACUGUACCACAGAAUUUGUUCCUUACAGAAAAUCAAACUUGUCUCAAGGAAGAUAAAAUUAUUGAGACCAAACUGGAUUACUAUUUGAAGGACUUUGUUCCAGGCACUGUGGAGCUGAAGUUGAAAUUGGCAGAACAACAGCUUAAGGAGUUACCACAACUGAAGACUUAUGAGGCAGAGGUGAUACAGUUGCGUGGUCUAACCAUUGAGCAACAGAGGUCACUGCGGGUUACCACACGGCAAACAGAGCAGCUUCAGGUCAGUGAGCGAAUGCUGAAGGAGGAGAUUACCCGACUUCGAGGGCUGCUCGACAAGGAGAAGAGCCACGGAAUAUGCAUGCAGAGCUUACACGAGAAAAAAAUGGCUGAUAAUGAGAAGAAGUUUGAAGUCCGCCUUGAUCAACAGAAAAGUGACAUCACUGCUCAGUGGGAGGACAGACUGAGACGAGAAUGCUCAAGACUCAGAUCAGAACUCGAUCAACUCCACAGCGAAGAGAAGCGUCUGGCCAUUGAGUCUGUUCAAGUUCAAAAAGAGAAAGAAAUGAAUAUGGCUAAGCUGAAUUGGGACCUAAGAAUGCAACAAUGUCUUAAGGAGAUAUCUACACUGAAGGAUCGCUUAACAGAAAAAGAUACGUACUAUCAUGGAGAACUAGAGAAAGCACAGACAAAUGCAGAUCAAGACAUCUUCAAUCUCCGCCGGAAGCUCGAUAAGAUCGAUCUGUCAUACCAAGAGCAGAUGGAGAAACUGACUGAUAAAUAUGAAAAAGAAAUAGAACAACUGAACUGGGAAUCUGACAGGAAAAUACAGCAGCUGGAACAGAACUGGCAAUUGCAGAUGAGUUCCACAAGAGCAACAUUGGAACUGGUCAAGGAGCAGAUGGAGCGAGACGCUCAAGAUCGCUUGGAUGCUGCAGAGGAGAAGCAUCAUAAACAGCUAGACAUCCAGUGGGAGAGGUUAGUGAACGAAAAGGAGAAGGCUGUGGCAGAACAAGAAGCGAAACACCAGACCCAGGUGGAGCUCAUCAAAAUAGAACUAGAGAAGGCAAGCAAGAAUAACAACUCCAGGGAAAUUGAGCAGCUGCUGGACGUGAUUGCGAAUCUCAAGAAAGAGCUGCAGGGUCAGACAGCAGUGGUCACUGACCUGCAGGGGAAUGUUGACCUACUGCAGGGAGGAAUGCAAGUCCUGAACCAAGAGAUAAGCACCCAGAAUGUGGAAAUGCAGCGCAUACAGGCCCAGGCAGCCCACAAACUUAGAGAGCGCGAAGCACAACUUGAGGCAGAGCAACGGAAGAAACUGUCCGAGUUGAAAGAGCAAUUUGCUGCGGAAUCGAAACAGUGGCAGGAGCAGAUGAAAAACUUGAAGGAAGAAAAUCAGCAAAAGCUUAACUAUCUAGCAAAACUCAUUCAAGAAUCUGAGCAGAAAUACAAGAACAGAGAAUCCCGAAAAGAAGACCUUGACAUAAUCGCUCAUUUGAAGCAGGCGUUAGAAGAACGUGAUCGUGAAGUAACAUGUCUCACGGAAGAGAAGAGAUUCUGCCAGCUUGAACUGAUGAACCGUGAGUCAACAUACAACCAUCUGUUUGGUGUACAGCCAAUCAUAGGGGUGCUGGAUCCCCUACACCAUCAUCGCAAGAAAGGCUUGAAGGACUCAAGUGGUCAACAUCAGUCACGGUUACCAGAAGCUCGGAGCCGGCAGGUGUCAUCCUCCUCCGUCCCUCCGUUUUCUACCCGCACGACGAGUCAAAGACAGGAUUUUCUAGUCCAGAAAUCAAAGUCUCUAGAACCAAGAAUGGUUCACACAAAGGAGCCCAUACAUAGCAAAGUUGCAGAAACCAAUUCUCUUUCUACUGAUAAGUUUCGUCAAGUAAUGUCUGUUGUAGAUUAUAUAUCUAAUCUAGUCAGUACAGAAGAAAACUCGACUACAAAGAUCUGUAGGUUACAGUCUACAGACACAGAACCUCGCUUUAAUUUGAGCUCCACUCCAGAUGAGAUAAUUAGGUCCGAGAGUAAGGAAUCGCCCAAACGUGGCACAGUUAAAUCUGCAGAAGUUCACUCGGACUCCAGCCCCAUUACAAAUCACCAGACGGCAGUAACCCAAGACUGUACACUAACAUUCGAUGCAGUAGAUGUUCCAGAUUCUAAAAUGUCAAUAUUGCUGCAAAGCCAUAAAAGUGCAGAAAACAGUAAAAACUGUAAUUUUGCGACGAGAUCAAAAUCUGUAGAGACGGCAGGAAAUAAAGUUCAUACCGUUGUUCCAAGCAGCACAUCUGUCCCAUCUCUGCAGUAAGAAAGAAUAAAAAAAAAACAUAUAAAUCGCAUACAGAGCGCAAAUACCAUCCUCGAACAAGACGAACUAUCACACGCAGGUGAAUAAAGUUACCAUAACUCCAUUUCAUUAAAAUAAAGAUGGCUGGUUGUCUUUUGGGUUGUUGCACCGUGUACUCUGGUAAAAAUUUAUUGGCAUUUAAGAGGUGCUCGCCGCCUCCAUCAGGGCAAUCACCCCGAACACGGAGGCAGCAACGCCUCCGGAACGAAAGUAAAUUUUUACCACAUGAUGCAGCCAAAACAAUCCAGAAGAAACCCAUCUUUAUACUAGCCACCGUCAAGUACUUUGCGCUCGGCAAUACUGAGCGAUGACACCCCGACUUAUAGUUAGCUGUGAUGUAAAAGACUAGACGUGAACUUCGUGUUGAAGGAAAAGUCUUUGUCGUUCUAGUCGGUAUAAAUUAUAAGAAGAGGCAGCUUUCUUCCAUCUGCCACUGAAAGUGAAAAUUUAUUCACAUGAAGAUUUGGAUGUAUUCUGUGAUACUGUAUCAUGUUACCGAGCAUUACAUUACUAAUGCCCAUUAAAAAUAUUUUCUUCGCUCUUCAUAGUGCCUUAUGCCCAAAACGUACACACACAAACCAACGAGGAGGGACUGGUCAAGUUAUUUCGCAACGCAGGUUAUAACAUGGAAUGUUUCGUGAAAUGGUCCGAGUACAAGCAGUAUAUCUAUAAUCUGCUGCCAUUUUGUCAAAGUUACAACUGCGUGGCACGUCAAUUUGUAUGUCCUCGUCUGUAAAAAUAAAGUAGAAAUAAAUGCUGAAUACUUUUUUUUGA